AAAUAUACAGAAAAAGGAGGAACGGAGCUAUCCGACUGGUACUACAUAGGUUCUUCCGUCAUCGAAGGGCGAGCAAAAUUAGCUACACACAUACCACGUUCAACAAAAGUCAAAAAGUGAUCAAAAUAAACGAAGACGAACAAAGGAGAAGGAUAUUUUUAUUCACCCUAUAGAUCUAUUAGAGUAGUCCAUCUAUACAUUGCACCAUGGUCAAAUACAAGAAUUUUGGAAGCGGCGGAGGUUCUUCCCACCGUGGUUCUUCCCACCGUGGCGGUUCUUCCCACCAAGCAACUGGUAGUUUCUCCUUUCAUUCCCAGCACUCUUCUAAAACGAUUGCGACCAGAACGAGCAGCAAGAACAAAUACGAAGAUAUUUACCAAGACGAGGAUGUUUUGCGUCGACAAAAACAUCAAGAGCACCGAGAUGAAGACCAAGAAGAUUUGCGUUCGAAAGCCAGCGAUGACUUGGAUAUUAAGGGUAACGGAGAAGCCGAUUCGCUCUACGACAUGAUCUCGUACAAUGGGGUCACGGACGAGCACUCAACAUCUGUGUGCAUUUCAGAGUCUUAUCACGAUAGCUUAGGCGAUACAGAUACUUCAGCGGGAACGACUCUAUCUACUACGUCCCCACCACAACGAGGAGAAGAGCAUCGCUCUCCGUCAAACAAUCGGCGAUCGAAGCUAUCUUACAUGGGGUAUGUUCCAGUCAGUCCUAAUACCGCAGCAGCGAUGGCCAAAAUGCAGAAAACAGCACCAGAGCGCAAAAGCAAUUCUGGCAAGAACAACAUUGCUGAGAACAACCAUAGCGGUAGCUUGAACAACAGCAACAGCGGGCGGACUAUGGGCGGCGCAACCAACACUACUGGAAGCACAUUUCCUUCGAUCAAAGACGACGACACUUCGACGACGAGACGCCGGGAGAGGCGGUACAACUCCAGUGCGUCGAUGGAAGGCCGUCGGCAACCAAGCCAUCAUCAUUCUAGUAAUAGCCGCGGCGACGAAGACUGUUCUACGCUUUCGGGUCCCGCAGCUAACAUUGCCGAAUACAUUUCUCCCGGUCAGCAGAGGCUGAUGCAAGAGGAAGGCCGAAACCACCACCCAUCGGGACACACGGUUGGAGAUUCGACCACAGGCUCUGUCAGCGCCCAAAGCAGUGUCAUGCCGAACUCAUACGCCGGACACCAAGCCACGAUGUUGCAAAAUGCUCCACAACAGCAACAGCUCCAACAAAAUAAUCGUCGCUACCAUGUCCAUCGGCAACAUCAGAAGCAAUCCCAAUCAAGAGCCUUGUCUCCGGUAACUGAUGCUUCUCCUUCCGCCCCGAGAGUGGGUCAUCAUGUUCCUACCACUCCCAAUAUGAACAAUACCCAGCACGCAAACCACGGAGGGUGGGCGAGUAACAUCUACCAGAACAUGAAUGUGUCUCCGGUAACAGCGUCCCCCGGUAUGCCUUCUCCCCCAGGGAUGGUAUCACCCCAUCAAGAACAACACGGAGCACUCGACGGAAUAUCGCCGCCCUCGCUGAACCAUCCCCACCUACAACAGCAGAAUUUGAGCAACCCUUACAAUAACGGUGGUGCUUACUUCACCAACCGACAGCACCAGCACUAUCCGGCACAACACCUGCAGCAGCAACAAUUUGGGCUCCCGAACGUUUACCCGUACGGGAACAGCCCACAACAGCAGUCGUCUGGUUUUACGCCGCGCAAUCCCGUCCUUGCGCGACAAUUGCAGGCCUUUCAGCAAUACCACGCCCAGCAGCAGCAGCAGCAGCAACAACAGCAGCAACAGCAGCAGCAACAGCAGCAGCAACAGCAGCAACAACAGCAACAACAGCAGCAACAACAAGAACAGAAACAACAGAGCCACUUUCCCAUGGACGAAACCGCGGAAACAAAUACUCAUCUUCCCGACAAGAAGGUGACAAGCACUGUUACGAAGGGCAAUGGCGAACGAUCAUUUCUGCCUGCAACGGAAGACAAAGAAGAGGAAACAAGCACCAUCGAUAGCAGCAGUCAGCAACAACCCUUUUUGAUUUGUGGACCCGAUGGACCGAAGCUUACGAACGUGCACUUUGUUUCGCCGAAUCCCAAGAAGAGCAAGGGCUCUUCGUCGUCGUCCGGUGGGGGCCUAGCCGAUGAGGUCGGAACGAAGUGUCAGGCCCUGAUGGAAAACCUGUUUCGCUCUUGCGGUUCGAUUGCGGCCCACGGAUACCACAUCGACGGCAAGUCCUCUUCGAAACAGAAACGCUCCAAGUUUGAAAAGGUGGCAGACGAGUCGAUUGCGGGACUGAAAUCUCCCGCUGUGCCACAGCCUGUGCCACAACAGCAGCAGCAGCAGCAGCAGCAACAACAACAACAACAGGCUCCUCCCCAAGCGAAUGCUAGCAAUACCCCGAUUUCGAAUGCGAGUGCCCGUGCGAACGACAACCACGCUUCGUUUGCGGCAAACGCCAAGAAGAUCUUCAGCGCCGGCAACCACAUGAUGACCAACCUGCCGAAGGAUUUCCACAACCUGGCGCAAUCCGCCGCGUAUCACAACGUGUUCGACACCUUCCAGAAGUAUUACGAGCCUGGAAAAGAGGAGGGAGACAUCGACGCCACGAAAGAACGCCAGGAGCCAAUGGAACAGAACCCGACCAGGAACGGAACAACGCCCCAGCGGCAGCGAGAAGACCCCCCCUGCCCGGUUUCUCCUCUCGCGGCGGCGGACGACCAGAGCGCGAGCUCGACCCCCAGCAGGCCCAUUUCGCCGAGGUCUCCCAUCGGCCACCAGCGCAACCUCAUCCGAAAGCUCCGCGCGAGGCGGAUAAACCGGAGCAAGUCCCCGGUCCGGGGGGCCGAGGGUGCACCGGACCCGGACACCUGCGCGCCGCACUCCCCGACCAAGUCCCCCAGACCCAGGGACCCGGCCAAGGAAAAGGCGGUCGAGGCCUCGUACGAUACCUCGAAGAUCCAGCAGAACCGUCGGUUUUCGCGCAGCACGAUCUUCCACAAGGACGAUCCCCCCUCGAAGCAAGGGCCGGACCAACCCAGCGACGGCGACAGCGUGGACUCGUUUGCGACCCCGAAAUCGCGGGAAGGCGACGAGAGCCACGACGGCGACGGCGACGAGCGCAGCAAGGGACGGGAAUUGCUCGGCCAGUCGUCGUCGGCGAAAUCGAUGGAAGAGCUCGUGGCGUCCUCGUCUUCCUCGGGCAUGUCGGAUUCCCUGGUGGGAAGCGACGUCGACGAGGACGUCGACGAGGACGGCCUCUUGGUCCUGGACAACCCUUGCUCGCUGGAGGAAGAACUCGACCUCGAUUCGUUCGAGCAGCAGCAGUUUCCACACACCCAGCUCGACAUCAUCCAGGAGGGAUCCGCCGAGGAAUCCGCCGAGGAAGCCUCGGUCCGGCACGACCACAGGGUCGUCUCGGAGGAGGAGGGGUUCACCGCCGCUGGCGCAGUUGUGGAAGCGGAGGACUCGGCAGCCGCCAGAUCGCCAGGGGCCCAAGCGGCCGUCUGGCGGACCCUGUACGGGCUGGUCCGCCUCCUCUUUGUGUCGACGGUUGUCUUCCACUGCGGGGCCACGGUGGGCUUCUGGGAUCGGGUUGCCGAUCACCUGGGAAACAUCGAGGGGGGACCCUUGGUGCUGGAAAAAGCGGAAGCGGUGGUCUCGGACCUGAGGGCGGCCGGCACGUCGUUGGUUUCCGGCACGAGGGAGGUGGUAUCCGAGACGGUGGAGACGGUCCAGCAGAGGAUCGGGUCCAUCGACGACCCGCUGGCGAGGCUGGAGGAGGCCUUCCCGGGCCUCGAGGCCACCGCCUCGCACUGGCUGGAGGAGGCCGCGAGCUUCUACCACAGGCUCGAGCAGGCCGCCUCCGACCUGGCGAGGGAGGCGGCGAGCUUCGACAUUGAGAGCUUCGAAACGGCGGAAGAAGGUGCACCGGAGUUGUUCGGGGAGGAAGAAAGCCCCAUGAGCGACCUGGAGGUCUUUCACCAGCUGGUGGAGGAGGCCCUGUCGGACGACGAACGGGAAGCAGCAGCAGCAGCCACAGCCAAGGCAAGUUCAAGCGCAAGCGAAGGGGCACCACCGGAGGACGCCGCGGUCGCCCCUUUGCAGGGGGGCGUCGUCUCGGAAGUCGUUGUUCCCGCGACGGCAGGACCGGGCGUCGAACGAGGCAGCGAGGAGGCCAUCGAGGUCGUUGCCGCUGCCGGGCAGGAAUAGGCAAAAAAGACACAAGCUACUACGAAUACGAAUACAAAUACCACUACUACAUACUCCAAUUGCCACCAACGCCCGAGAGGUGUUGUGCCGUACCAUCACUAACUACGAGGACGCAACACCACUAUUAUUAUAUGUAAAAGCAAGAGAAGCGAUGGAGGCUUCUGUUCCAUCGUGAAUCCAUUGCCAUAAAAUAACCAGUGUAAG